UUCCUUCACAGCUGUAGUUGUGGUGCUGUUUAAUCACCAAUGGCUGAGUAAGUCCUCGUGGUGUUCUUUUUAUACCUCAGGCAUCAAGACAGCCUUUGUAAGGCAGCAGUCAGAGACUGCGUUCGUGGCGGCCCACUGUGAGAUGAUCCCCAUCGAGUGGGUCUGUCAGAGGGUGGCUACUGGAUCCUUCCUGAAGAGGAACCCAGGGGUCAAGGAGGGCUACAGGUUCUCCCCUCUGAAAUUGGAGAUGUUCUUCAAGGAUGAUGCCAACAAUGACCCUCAGUGGUCGGAGGAGCAGCUGCUGGAGACUAAGUUCUCUCUGGCUGGGCUCAACGUCGGCCGCUGUGAGGUGGACAUCAUGAACCGCAGCACUGUUGCCAUGUUUGAGGUUCUGGAGAGGGCCUGGGCCACCCAGAACUGCACACUGGUGGACAUGAAGAUUGAGUUUGGUGUGAAUGUGCGCACCAAAGAGAUUGUGCUUGCUGACGUGAUUGACAAUGAUUCCUGA